UAUUAUUUAUUUAGUAGCUUUUGACUUUUUGCGACAUUUAUGCCCCAGAAGGUGCUCGUAUUUUACCAUAAAAUUAUAAGACCAGUAAUUCCACGAUAUUAAAUGAAAUCUGUGAAAUGUUAAGUGAAGAGUGCUUUAUAAAAAUGCCAAGAAAUGUUUCUAACAAUACUAGACCUACGCCUGAAAUCGUCGCGUAAAGAAGUGCCCUACAUUUCAUACUUUUUCUCAAAUGGAAGAAAGUUUCGUAUUUGUACUUCUUUAUAAAGGAUCAUAAUAAUAAACUUGUAAUGGGUAAUAUUAUCGGGCUUUAUGGUGUCGAAAUCGAUUGAAAAACUAUUAUGUAUACAUUAAUAGAGAUAGCUUUGAGCUUAGCAGUGCUAGCCACUUUUGUCACUGUCCUAUCAGGAUGCGUCUGUGGCUGUAAGAACUCCAACCAAAAAAGUGAGUUGGUUGGUACGGCCGGUGUGGUCAAAAUCCGUUUGGAUGAGGAGGUACCAUCUCCAACACCCACCACUCCGGCCUCCAUCAAGCGGGCAUCCACACAAAACAGCCAGCGUAGUUUGCCAGAAAUCCCACAUCCUGUUGGAAGACAUGACAGUGGUGACACAGCAUCUGAAAUUUACGCAACAGUCAAUUUAGAUGAAGGAAAUAAAACCGCAGUGGUUGCGUCUACGAGCCGAGACCAUCCCUACGAACAUGCGUAUGCUAAACUUCAAAACGAAAGUCACAACGUAAUCGUAGAAAUAACACCUGAAAGAUCGGAUAAUGAAAUUCAAAUCGAUGAAAGAGAAGCGGCCCCUUCAUCCGCCGCUGAAGCCGUGCUCAUAUCAGCGUCGGUGGCGAUCAGCGGCCAGCUGCCGUCGAGCCAGGAGCUGCCCUACAUCACGCCGCCCUCGCCGCGCCCCGAGCCCGUGCACUUCAGCGGAGACUCCACAGACUCCGCCAAGGGUUACACGAGCAUCUCGGUGCGCGAGCCGCUGAGCAAUAUCCGCGCGCAAAGCGCGAAACCCGCGCAGCCUCACUACGCUACCGUCUCCGACGAUUCGGAUGAGAUGUAUGCAGCAAUAGAGGAAGCGAGCGUCGGUGAGGGGUCGGACACAUACGCGCAGAUCGCGCCCGAGCCUCGCCGACGAGAACCCUCCGUCACCCCCGCCGCCGUGCCCGCCGCACCCGUCGCACUGCAGGCCGACGUCACGCACCACGCCAGAAGGAGUGCUCCACCUGAAAUUGGAGCAUCUACGUCUACAGCAACACAUUCCCGCCAAGCGUCGAUGUCAUCUUGCUCAAACUCGACGGGAGCACUGGGAUCUCCCAAACCGGAGAAGCGACAGGCCAACUCUCCGCUGCCACCGCCCCCACACCCUUCGCACGCUCCACACCCCGCACACGCCUCGCACGGUACACAUACAACGCACGCCCCACACGCCACUCACGCUGCACAUUCCACACACGCCGCACACGCCGCACACGCCGCACACGCCACUCACGCUGCACACUCUACACACGUCGCGCACGCCACACUCGCUACACACAGCACACAUGCAGCGCACGGAACACACACGGCGCACGCUCCACACGCGUCACAUCCGCUUCGCACCGCGGAUACACUUGCGCAAAGACAUCAGAGGAUAUCUAGCACUGGUGACCUUCAUUUUAAUCACGACAAACUACGCCGCAGCCUCAAUGAGAAACACCAGAGGAAUAACAGUUGCGUCAGUUCUUCCGACUUUUAUGGGUGUAAUUAUCCGGUUGAAAAACAUCGGUUUAGCUCCGGCGACCUCAUGCGACCACUUGUAGCCCGAGAACUAAACUUUGAUAUUGACCAAAAAGAAAACCCCACCGACAACUUUUAUAACUCUAUCGACGGUCCCGGCUACAGUGAUUAUUCUUCGGCAGAAGCCAAUAACAGUAUCAAUUCGGAGCAACGCGCUACAGAAAGUCCUUCUCGAAAUGUAGAGGAAAUGUACGCCAAAGUAAUGAAAAAAGCUAAGGCGAAAGAAGAAUUAGUGUGGAAAUCAAAAGACCCCACAAAUACCGAAACCGAAACGAAAGUACUAAAGUAUCGAAGUGACGAUCCCGGAUAUGAAACUAUAGACCGGAAGCAAUCUGUUAAUCACGGCUAUGAGACUAUAGCACGCAAGGAACGGAAAGGCUCCAAUCAGGAUCCAGGUUACGAAACGGUCAAGGAUAUAAAUAAAGCUGGCCCACCUAACUAUCCUAAUAACAAUCUAUCGAAAUUAAAUAAUUUGAAUGUUGACAGUGGCCCUAAUAGUAUUUUAAGUAGUGAUGCUGGAUACGAACAUAUUUCGAAGACAGAUGCCAAUGCUUCCGACUCGGAUCCAAAUUACGAAGUGCUAAGAAAUCAACCACCGACACCGCCUUAUGCAACUAUUGCUCCUGACUACAAAGUCCAACCUACAUAUUCAACGGUAAAUAAGAGGACAGGUAAAUAUAACAAUUGGUCUGGUAACAAUAACGAUGACUCUACUGUAGAACCAAAUUACGAAUCGAUGACACACGAACCUUUUUAUAAUACUGGAAGCGAAUCUGAUUCUAAUUACGAAUCCGUUCGACCGAAAGAUUCCAGCUUUGAAAGUCAGGAUCCUAAUUACGAAUCGUUAAGAUGCAAAGAUCCUAAAUAUGAAUCUGUGCGAUCAAAAGACCCUAAAUACGACUCAGUUAGAUCUAAAAAAGAUCCAAACUAUGAAAGUGUAAAAUAUUUCGAAUUAUCCAAAAGAGAACCGCCAUACGAGAAGGUCAACAACGAGACCGCUGAAAGCUCUGGUAUUGACAGAUCUGAUUCGUCAGCGGGUUACGAGAAGAUUAACGUUCAAAAAACGAAGGACUCAAAAAACAGUAUUAAUAAUGGAGCCGAUUGCACUGUAAGUGAUUAUUUCCAAGUUUAACUUUUGAUAUAAAGUAUUUUUUUUACUUGUAAUGGACCUACGAUGGCGUCAUAAAUGUAGUUAGUGUUUGACGACAUACCUAGGAAUAACUUUGAGAUUUUGUGCUUUUUAUUUAUUUAUAUUUUUACAAAUAUACUGUGUAUAGUACCUCAAAGAUAGAUGUAACCUAAUAUCUUCCUUAGGUAUCUGUGAUAUAUAUUGUGAGUAUGACAAAUUUUCUUACUCAGUUAAGUUUUAAGUUCGACAUCAAUGUUGUUUAUGUUUUAUUAAAAUGCAGGCUUUUAAAACAUUUGUAAUCUCCAUUUAUUAGUGUUCAUGUUUUUAAAAAACAGGUGUAUUACAUGUGAUUAUAUAUACAUACAUGUACAAAUUGUAGAGUGUACAUAUAUUUGCGGACGUAGUUUGUAACAGUUAGAAUUAUGUUUUUUAAAUGUAUCUCUAUCUUAACCAAGUGCAUCGUAACAAGAGUAUACAAAGGAACAUUUUGUAUACCUUCUGUAACUAAAUGUGUUAUAUUUAGUCGAUAUUUGAACUUAUAUGUUCUUUGAUCUGUUUGUUUUAUGGACACAAUACACAUCCAAUUAUUAUUUUAAACCAAUACACAUACACACAAACACACACACUGAAAUAAUGAGAUCCAUUACCUUAACCAUUUUUGCAUUCAAAGCAAUUUUAACAAGUAGUGCCCAUCCAUCCUCAAACUAACAAGAGAAAUAUAAAUACAAUUUUGUUUAAUUAUUGUACAGGCAUUUAAUAUUAAUUUAACGAAUUUAAACCAAUGGGCAUUUAAUAGCCAAAAUCCAUAUUUUUAUCGAAAUAUUUAAUGGUUCUAUAUAAUAAUACUAAACUGAUUCUAAUAUAUUUCUUGUGGUAUAUGAUAUAUUUUGUUUUUAUUAAUGGUUAUGUUUUGUUAUCAAUACACAAAGUAUGUUAUGAUUAUUAUUAAGUAUUUUAAGUUAAUUUAUCGUCCGUAUCGAUUAAAUAAAAAUAUGAUAGGUGACUUAUAAAGUAGUACCUGAUCUUUUGUUUUAAACAUAUAAUUUAUUAUGAAAUGUUUUAAAUUUAAAUAAAAAUUGUUUGGUUUU